UUUGUUGUAUAUAAAAAGUUAGUAAAACAUUUCAUUUUCUUUCAUCUAUUCACCACAUAUCCCAAAACAGAGAAACACUAGGCCAAGAAGCAAUGGCUAUAGCUAUAGCUAAUGAGGACGACAACAACAACAACCAUGUUGAUUUUGACCCUAGUGCUCCUCCACCAUUUAAGAUUGCUGAAAUUAGAGCUGCUAUUCCAAAGCAUUGUUGGGUGAAGAAUCCAUGGAGAUCUCUAAGUUAUGUUCUUAGAGAUGUUUUAGUUGUUGCUGCAUUGGUUGUUGCUGCAAUUCAACUUGAUAGCUGGUUCUUUUGGCCCCUUUAUUGGCCUCUUCAAGGAACAAUGUUUUGGGCCAUUUUUGUUCUUGGACAUGAUUGUGGCCAUGGAAGCUUCUCAGAUAGUACUCUGCUGAAUAAUUUUGUGGGACAUAUUUUGCAUUCCUCAAUUCUUGUUCCAUACCAUGGAUGGAGAAUUAGCCAUAGAACACAUCACCAAAACCAUGGAAAUGUUGAGAAAGAUGAAUCAUGGGUUCCAUUGACAGAAAAAGUUUACAAGGAUCUUGACAGCAUGACAAAGUUUGUGAGGUUCACUGUGCCUUUACCAAUGUUUGCAUAUCCCAUUUAUUUGUGGAGAAGAAGUCCUGGAAAAUCAGGGUCUCACUUUCAUCCUUACAGCAACUUGUUCUCAGCCAAUGAAAGAAUUGAAGUCACAAUUUCAACAUUGUGUUGGACUGUCAUGUUUUCUACGCUUCUCUAUUUGUCAUUCGUUACUAGUCCUCUUUUAAUUCUCAAGCUUUAUGGAGUUCCCUAUUGGAUUUUUGUCUUGUGGUUGGAUUUUGUCACAUACUUGCAUCAUCAUGGUUAUAAGCAGAAAUUACCAUGGUACCGUGGCCAGGAAUGGAGUUAUCUAAGAGGUGGUCUUACAACCGUUGAUCGUGAUUAUGGUUGGAUUAAUAACAUUCAUCAUGACAUUGGCACACAUGUUGUCCAUCAUCUUUUCCCUCAAAUUCCUCAUUAUCAUUUGAUUGAAGCGACAAAAGCAGCAAAACCAAUUUUUGGACAGUACUACCGUGAGCCAGAAAAAUCAUCUCCAUUGCCAUUUCAUCUAAUUAAGUACUUAGUACAAAGCAUGAAAGAAGAUCACUUUGUAAGUGACACUGGAGAUGUUGUCUUUUAUCAAAGUGACCCUGAGCUCUACAAAAGCACCAAGACUAAUUGAAUUUUGGGUUAUCUAAUUGGAUGCUAGAAUAAAGAGAAAAAAAAUCUACUUCUAUUUUAUGGGUUGCAUUUUGGAGUUAUGGUUCAUGCUAGCUGGGCACAUGACUUUAUGUCUACUUUAUAAAAGAAUUGGGCUUCACUCGUUGGUUAAUUUAUUUUCUACUUAGAGAUAAUGAUGUCUUUUUUUUUUUUGGUUUUAUUUUGUUUUUAGAGACAAUGAUGUAAUUGCCCUUGGUGGAAUACUAUAAUAAUGUUUGAAAUAAAUGAAAUAAAAAUGUAAUAAAUAUUGAAUUGUCAGUUUCAUCUA